CGAAUCGGAUCGGGCACAGGUACUACUCGUACUCGUACCCUCCACCAAAAYCAAAAAUCUUGCCGAGGGAACAAGGUGUAGGCCUUUUGUCACAUUUUCGAGAGAAGACCCUUGGCAGCCAAAGGUCACAGUCAAGUACAACAAAUAUUUUUUGAGGCAGCACGAAAGACUACUUCUACCAUGGUGGCMAUCGAGGAGAUCAAMGAGGAAGAGACGCAGGAGGCCCCCGAGGUCAAGCCCAGUGUUCCUCCCAUCCCGGUAACUCUACUAUCUGGGUUCUUGGGCGCCGGUAAAACGACCCUGCUCAAACAUAUUUUGCAAUCGGACGAACACAAACUGAAAAUUGCCGUCAUUGUAAACGACAUGGCCGAACUGAACAUCGACGCGGCCUACAUCCAACAGCAACCUCACGAAGGUGAGGAAGGCAAUGAGGGAGUGGAGAACGAGGAAGGAAUCCAAGACAAACUAAAGAAGAUAUCCAUUGUUCAAACAGAGCGCGAAGUUGUCAAGCUCCAAAACGGAUGCAUCUGCUGCACACUCCGCGGAGAUCUGGUGCGUGAAAUUGCCAAGUUUCGCAACGACGAAGGCGGCGGUAAGUACGAUUACGUUCUCAUCGAAUCCACGGGGAUUGCCGAACCUCAGCAAGUGGCGGAAGGCUUUGUAUUCGACCCGGCAACGGCCCAGCUCGCGGAAUCUGAGAACGACAUGUUGUGGAAACAGGCUCGGCUCGACACUUGUGUCACCGUGAUGGAUGCGCAUUCGAUAUUGCAACACUUCACGUCCUUGAAGCAGUUUAGCGAUCAAUACGACGACGGGUUUGAUUCCACCACUGAAGAGGGACGAAAAGAGGGGACAAAGAGCAUUGCGAACUUGAUGGUGGAUCAGGUCGAAUUUGCGAACGUGAUUUUACUGAACAAGACCGAUUUGGUGACUCCCGAAGAACUGGCUAAGAGCAUCGAGAUCAUUCGAUCCCUCAACAGCAAAGCCAAAAUUAUCCCCACCAAAAACUGCAAGGUCGCCCUGAGCGAAAUCAUCAAUACAGGCAAGUUUAGCAUGGCGGAAGCCAUCCGAUCUCCCGGCUGGUUGGCUGCCCUUCAUGGUGACACUACCGAUGGCGUCCAUAGCGAAGCGGACGAAUACGGUGUCACGUCUUUUGUCUAUCGGGCUAGGAUUCCAUUCCAUACGAAGAAACUUGCCCAAUUCAUGGACGACAUCAUGCACUUUGCGAACGAAUGGACCGAAUUGCCACCAGAAAAACGUCAGCAGGAGUCCGAUGAAAGGUACGAAUAUAUGGUCUCGCACUACGGAAACAUUCUCCGCGCGAAGGGCUUUUGUUGGCUGGCAGGGAAAGAUAGCUACCUCUUUGGAAUUGCCAUGACCGGUCGCAUUGGUAGUCUACAGGGUAUCAUGCCAUGGUAUACGCUGAUUCCCCGUGAACAGUGGGGUGUCAAGGAAGGAUCCGAAGACUAUGAGAUCAUCAAUUCGAGAUUCGAAGAGCCUCACGGGGAUCGCCGGCAGGAAAUCGUCUUUAUUGGCACGGACCUAAAGGUUGACAAAAUUCGCGAGCGACUGGACAGUUGCCUCUUGAACAAAAAGCAACUCAAGAAAUACAAGUUCUACAAGGAUGAUGGAUUCCCGUGAGCAGAAGAUGCGAACUAUUGAUGAGGUGUUCAAACCGGUCGUCAUUCGACAAAAUCGCAAGGGUCGUGAAGUCACAGCCAAUUUCAAUGUACAUGAUGUCUGAUGAUUUUAUGAGUUUGUCUGAUUUUUGUGUUGUCAGCACCCUUCCUCGAAACCGGACACUYGUCUUUCUUUCCAAUGUAAAAAACAAACAUWUUAAUU